AUGUUCCUGGUCUGUAUACCGUUGCUUGAAGCUACCAGAACGGGAACGAGUGGACGAAGAACGGCAGCGUCAUCGCCACAGGCGCUUGACCGCUGUAAGGAUCUGUCAAGAUCGACAAAACACUCGGGUAUUGGCGUCAACGGCCGCCUGUCCAACCGAACUAACGACCUUCACGAUGCUCUUCUGACGACUUUCCAUGCCUCGCGUUCGCCUCAUGCCUAUACCGCCAUUCACCGUGACUCCGACGGCCGACCUGUAGCGCGGAGCAAUCGGCCAAGAUCUCCUCGACCUACCUCGAGCUACUAUAACAGCCUCGUGCCGAUCGCACCAGCUCCUAACUGGUCGCGUCAGUCAGGAAGCCCUUCGAACAAACCAACCCUUCCGCCGAUCCCCUCCCUGCUUGCGCCGCCGACCAAUACACAGCCGGGUGACGCCGCGAGAAGAUAUCAAUUAGAGGUCGUACAGCAGCCAGAAGUCACCGCGGAAUUUGGAUCCAAUGCUCUUUCAAGACUACCACUCUCACCCCCUCUAGUUGCGAGGUUGAGCAUCUGUGACGACCGGCGUAGCAACAUCGAUGAUGAUCCUGACCUCCCGUUUCUCAUCGCACAAGUUGCACUGUUUAGCGAAGAUGGCCAGCGCGAACUCGACGCACAGCCAUCCCCCAUGGCGACGCCCCCACCUUCGACGUUUGCGGAGCAACAGCAGCGUCGGAUGCUAUUAUACGGCAGCACGGUAUCUUCGCCACAGUACUUGCGCGACUUGAAUGGCCGACCGGGUGUCUUCUUCCUAUUCCCUGAUAUCGGCGUUCAACGGCAAGGUCGAUACACGCUGCGUAUACGCUUGCUCCGGCUCUCGAGAUUUGACCCGACGCGACUCAUGAGUGAAGGCGAGGGAUCAUCAUCCCUGUUCCUCGCGCAGGCGAGCACAGGCCCGUUCACCGUUGUGCCGCGAUCGCACUAUAUAGCGCCGGAACAAACGCGGUUAACCCGCCAUUUCCUGAUGCAGGGUGUAAACAUGAGGCUAUGA